GGUGCCGUCCCACAAUACCAGGCGGGAGGGCGGGCAGGCGGUUUGUGUCCGGGCUGUGAGGUGCUCGGAACCUCCGCGGACCUUGCAGCCUCUGUCUCUUUAACGCGAGAGGAAGCGAUGCAGAGGGGUGGAAAAUGGCAGAGCUGCAGAUGUUACUAGAGGAGGAGAUCCCGUCUGGCAAGAGGGCGCUGAUAGAGAGUUAUCAGAAUCUGACCCGGGUGGCGGACUACUGUGAAAACAACUACAUACAGGCUACAGACAAGAGAAAAGCUUUAGAAGAGACCAAAGCCUACACGACCCAAUCCCUAGCUAGUGUUGCUUAUCAAAUAAAUGCAUUGGCUAACAAUGUACUCCAAUUGCUGGACAUCCAAGCCUCUCAGCUUCGGAGAAUGGAGUCUUCCAUCAAUCAUAUCUCACAGACUGUGGACAUUCAUAAAGAGAAAGUGGCUCGAAGAGAGAUUGGUAUUUUGACAACAAAUAAGAAUACAUCAAGAACUCACAAAAUAAUAGCACCUGCAAAUAUGGAGCGUCCUGUAAGGUAUAUUCGGAAACCUAUUGACUAUACAGUUCUGGAUGAUGUGGGCCAUGGUGUCAAGUGGCUAAAAGCCAAGCAUGGAAAUAACCAGCCUGCAAGAACUGGCACACUGUCGAGAACAAAUCCUCCUACUCAGAAACCACCGAGUCCUCCUAUGUCAGGCCGGGGAACACUGGGACGAAAUACUCCUUACAAAACCCUGGAACCUGUUAAACCUCCAACAGUUCCUAAUGACUACAUGACAAGUCCUGCUAGGCUUGGAAGUCAGCAUAGUCCAGGCAGGACAGCUUCUUUAAAUCAGAGACCGAGGACACACAGUGGAAGCAGUGGAGGAAGUGGAAGCCGAGAAAACAGUGGCAGCAGCAGUGUUGGCCUUCCCAUUGCCGUGCCUACACCCUCGCCACCCACUAUUGGACCAGAAAACAUUUCUGUCCUUCCUCCUUCUGGAGCUCCACCAGCACCACCUCUUCCACCACUUCUGCCCGUGAACACUGUGAUAGCAGCCCCGGGCUCAGCUCCUGGUUCCCAGUAUGGCACAAUGACCAGGCAGAUUUCUCGACACAACUCUACCACUUCCUCGACAUCUUCUGGUGGAUACAGACGGACUCCCUCUGUGACGGCUCAGUUUUCUGCUCAGCCUCAUGUUAAUGGAGGUCCACUUUAUUCUCAGAAUUCAAUUUCUAUUGCUCCACCCCCUCCCCCUAUGCCUCAGUUGACUCCACAGAUACCUCUCACAGGCUUCGUGGCCAGGGUGCAGGAAAACAUUGCUGAUAGUCCGACCCCACCACCUCCUCCUCCACCAGAUGACAUUCCCAUGUUUGACGACUCUCCACCUCCGCCGCCGCCGCCGCCAGUGGACUAUGAAGAUGAGGAGGCCGCUGUAGUCCAGUAUAACGAUCCAUAUGCAGAUGGGGAUCCUGCUUGGGCCCCAAAAAAUUACAUCGAGAAAGUUGUGGCAAUAUAUGAUUAUACAAAAGACAAGGAUGAUGAGCUGUCAUUUAUGGAGGGUGCAAUCAUCUAUGUAAUAAAGAAGAAUGAUGAUGGCUGGUAUGAAGGAGUCUGCAAUCGAGUGACUGGUCUGUUCCCUGGGAACUAUGUUGAAUCGAUCAUGCACUAUACUGAUUAAAUUUUUGCUUUUAAAGUAGGUUCUUAUUAUCACUCAGUCAUACUGUGGGACCAUUACGGUUAACGGGAUUGUCUUAAAAUGUGCCCAUAUGUUCAGGACAUGCUGUUUUAUUGGUAUAAUUGAAUGUCUACCUGUAAGCAUAAAUCUCUGAGGCAGUUGGUGUAUUGCUAAACAGCAAUCUAUACAAGAGGCUGUCUGUCACUGAUUGUGCUUAUAUACUUACUUACACAUUGUUAACUUCAUGACCAGCCUAAAUAUUCUGGGGGUGUAGGGUAUAAUAUUUCACAAAUCAUGAUUCAGAUUGUGCCAUUACAUGUUUCAGUGCAGCAUGGUUACUAACGCUCUGUCAGACUAAUAUUAAAAUCAGAAAACUUAAAUGCUGGUGCUGGUCAUACUUUUUGUUUAGACUCUCUCAUUCUUGAAAUAUACUGUUUGUUUAAAGCAUGCAUACAAAUUUAUGUAUUGAAAUAUACUUAACAAAAUCCAAGAUGCUUCUAGUUUGUGUAAUACUUACUUGGAGUACUUGUACUUAGGUCUCUUGAAACGAAUUGAGUCUCCAAGAUCUCCAUGUGAAACAAAGACAAUUGGGUUACCUGUAGUCUUGUCAUUUGUACCGAAGUUUUUUAAUGAGUGAAUUUGCAUUAUAAAUUUUUUCCAUUCAUAAAUACGUAAGUGAACCAAAGGUUUUUGUCCUUUCCUUCACUGGUUUGCUUUAAAAAAAAUAAUAACAGAUACUGAUUUAUGGCAGAAUUAUGGUUCUAUUUUCUCAAUAUAUUAACUUGGAAAAAAAAUUUUAGCCUUAUCUCAACCUAUCCCAACAGCAGUGGCUGAUUUUUGUAGAAUUUAAAAUCGGAGAUGGUUAUUUACAAGUCAGUCUACUGAAUUCCUUUUCUAACGUAACUUUUUCAAAGCUAAGAAAAUGUGUCAAAGUGCAUAUGCUGUAGGUAAAAUUCUUAAGGACUGCUCUAUCAGUCCUUUGGUUUUCCAGUGGACUGUGAUAUACUGGUUCAAUGAAAGGAAAUGAUAAUCAUCUUUUACAUAUUUUUUUGGUAGCAGUGGAUGCGAUUGAUUUUUGAAUACGCACUAUUUAACCCAUUACCUGGCACUAGCAACAUGAAAAGAUUUUAAAAAUAAAAUAAUUGGGGAAGAAAGGUGCACCAUGUAUUAAUCAUGGAACAGGGAUAUAGCUGACCAACAGAUUUGUAUUGUCUUUUGACAUAACUGAAAUGCAACACGUGCACUUUGUGUGUCUCCUCUUAACUUAAGGGAGGGUUAGAGGGAUGUCUUCUCUUCUCGUGUGUACAAUUCUGUAUUGCCUAGGAUAUUACAGUAGAGGACUCGGUUGUGGGUUUCUGUGUAUUGAGGACUUGUUUGGAUUUCAAAUUACAGUUAUGUACUGAGCAUUACGGAUAACAGCAUAGUAAAUGGUAAGACUAGUGCAAAACGUUUAUUUCUGAAAAUUAAAGACCAUUAUUGUUACCAAAUCAAUGUGACUGUUGCAUACGCAUUUUGCCUUUGUUAAUUUUAAACAUGAUUUCAGUAUCACUAUUGAUCAGUUACCGUCUUCAUUUUUUAGAGUGGACUGUUCUCUUAAUUUUGUAUAUAACCUGUUGUCUAAAUUUUAUGUACAGUCUUUUAUAAUAAACCAUUCUCCUAUAUGAAAUUUUGGAUACUGUUAAAAAUCUAACUAAUGUGGAUUGAAAUGUAGACUUCACAGUUUUAUGAUCUUUACUCCUAUGGUGAAACAAGAUAAACCAUUUGAAUUUUAACAUUGAUUAUUUAUUUGUGUAAUGGCUUUACAUGUGGAUAUUAACCGUGUAAACAAUACCACAUAUAACCAUCAAGUACCACGAUUAGAGUUUACAGGACUAGAAUGACAGAUUCGGAUGGUUUAAUUACAUUUAAAAAGUUUUCUGAAAAACUUUGCCAAUAAAAAAAAGUCCCAUUAAUAA